GAAACAGCAUCGCAGAUCAACAAUCCUCAGUCUUCAGUCUUCGCAACAAUCUUCAGCUCUCUACAAGCACUUCAGUCUCUCUCUACAAACGAGUCCAACCCUCUCACAACAUUCAAAAUGCAGUUCAGCACUAUCACCACUCUCUUCACUCUGGCCGCUGUUGCCGUUGCCGCCCCCGCUGAGGUCGCAGCUCGCACUGGUGGAACUGGCUCAUGCAGCAACUCGCAGCCGAACGAAUACUGCUGCUCUGGCCUCAACCUUCUUGGCUGCACUCUUAACAUCUUGGGCAACUCCUGCGGUGGAACUGCCUACUGCUGUGACUCCAGUGUCACCGGAUCUGUCGUCGAUAUCAGCCUCCUCAACUGCGUCUCCCUCUAAAUGCCUAUCGCUACAUGGUGUGAGCUUCGCGGAGAACUGAAGUAACUGGGGAAUUGGUUUGAGGAAAACGAUGGUUGAAGGAUUGAGUGCUUGGAUUUGCUUCUAUUCCGAUUUGAAAUUUGUCAUGGCCUUGAUCACACUCGCUUAGCUUCGGAAUACUAAUCACAUACGUGAUUCAA